AUGAACACCACGCUGGACGACUUCGGGAUCGCCAAGCGCCAAGAGCGCCGGCCGCACCGAGCUCUGCACAUUCUUCUCUGCGCGGGUCUUUUGGCCGCGGGGAUCGCGGGCGUCGUGCUGCUCGUUCUCUACUUGGCGGUGCCCGCGGCGUCUACCAGCUCGGACGGACCACUCAUGCGCUACUUGCAGAGCGCAGGUCCGUUCUCGGGCACACUUCACUUUCUUCGUCCCGUCGGCGCCAACGGCUCGAUCGCCGCGAAUGCAUCGGGCACGCUCUUCCCCACCGGGCGCGGCGCCUUUGAUUUCGACAUCAACGUGACCCAAGGAACGGCCGUCCGGCGCUACACGAUGGUGUCGGGCGCCCUGUACGUCAGCGUGCUCUCAAGCACUGAUCACGUGCGGCUCUGCGUCGACACUGCCCUCGAUGGCGUCGGUGGUCGCCGCGAUCCAAGCAGCGACGCCGUCCUCCAACGGCACAACGGCGUGCGACGCUGGCUACGUCGCGUUCGCUACGACGUUCUUGGGGGCUCCGAUGGCGAUCUGCUUGAGCACAGAACUUGGUAUCACGACAGCGACAUCGCCAACCCUCGUUGUCGUAUUGACCCGAAAUGCGUCGAUGCCGCCACCCGUGCCACCUUUAAAGUCGCCCGCCUGCCCCGCGCUCGGCCUUGUCUCUUUGUCCAUGGCGCCGGCGUCACGAACGAGUCGUCGAGCCUUCUCACUUCGUACGCGGCGUAUUGGGGCAACGAACUCUUCGACGCGGCGCCGUGCUGCUCGUCGCUUCAGUUUGCGCGCUUCGAGACGACGACCGUGCCAUGGACGUCGCCGGUUCUGCAGCACAAAGUGUGUGCAGCGAUGCUGACGGUGGCCAAUUUUACCACCGCGCGCAGCGUCGGUCGGCUCAUCGUCAUUACGCACUCGAUGGGCGGCCUUGUGCUUGGCCUCGCCCUCGCCAACGGCGUCUGCUCGUUUAGCGCCGAGACGAAAUGGGUCGCCCUGCACACGCCCAUGGGUGACAGUCCCGUCUUGAAUAUGCUGCUCAAAGCGUGUGCGAUACCGAGCCUCUCGUCCGUGCUCGGGCUUUUGGGGCGGUGUCCGAUCGCGCCGACGUUCGCAUACAUGUACGAAGCUGGGAGCUGGGAAGCCACCGCGCUUGGCUUGAACAGCUACUACACACGAGCGCAAACCAGCUACAAGCGCUACGCAGACGCGGUGCUCUGCGGUCAAAGUCCCGUCGGUCUUUGGACAUCCGCGUCCGGGAUCAUGACAGCGAUCAACGCACUCGCAGCUCCGUCGACGCCCCACGACGGCCUUGUUGCGUACGCUAGCUGCACCAGAGGUCUUGAUGCGACAGCCUUUCGCGCCUCGUACGAGAGUAGGUUUUACGCCGCCGAAAUCAACCACCUCGACGGCAGCUUUCGCCACGGCGAUGGUAUGUGGGGCACGGCCCGUCAACCACUGCGCUGGUUUAGCUGUCUCUACUAG